AUGACAUCGACACACGCGACAAAAGCCGAGAAAAUUCGAGAGGAACUUGGGAGACAGUACAAAGACAAGGACUUCAGAUUCCCCAAUGGAUACACUGCCGCUGAAGCCGCCGAUUUUCUCGAUAUCCGAAAGAGAGUGUUCGAGAAGCGAAUGAGACUCCGAUCCGACGACCGUGACCAGGCCAUCUCACCUGACGACGUAUACGCGAACGAAGUCGAUCUCCUCGAAGAUGCACUACCAACAGCUGAGGGCCAAGAGAAGUUCUGGUUGACUACUUCAAAGCUCUCGCUCAAACUGAUUACUCAGACAAGGGUUUCUCUAAGGGAACUGUUCACAGUACUAAAUACAUACGUUUACCCAUACAUACCCGCGGGAUCCUACAACGGUUAUCGCUAUCGCAUCGUCCCAUCGCUUAUCCCACUGGCCCCUGAUGAGGAGCUGGUCGACUGGAACGACCCACGUGAAGUUGCCACCGAUCCGAUUGUAGCUAUCGACCUAGCAAGACAGAUAAUCCACUCUUCAGACGGGGUUGAGGACCGCAACCGAAGGAGGCGUGCUGACAUCUCAGAGGAAUCGUAUUCCAGUGGCUCCAGCAACAACAGCACCAUCCUAGGUAACAGUAUUACUGGAUUCGUAUGCUUCCAAGUUGGAGAGCUUCGUGCAGCCGAGGAGGAGAAUUGGUCAGAUAACGGCAACCUACCCAAGGGACAGGACGUCAGCAAGAUUCUAUGGGAGCGCACAGACUGGGUCUUGGUCUUGGUCAUCAGUGCUGAGAGUACUGCCGGUGCUGUUUGGCUGCUACAGAAUUUCAAUCCAAUAGUCGAGCACACAUCCGAUCAGUACACGAUCAUCCUAGGAGAUCCAGAGAACCUUUAUGGGUGGGGUUACUUCCAGGGCGAGCGACAGUUGAAUCCGGUGCCGAUACAACGUGGUGGCGUGAAGAUCGCGCACAAGAUCACUGAUCUCACCGACACUAGUAAGUGGACCAUGGAUGAGUACAUUACAGGAAAGUACGAGAUAGUGCAAGCAGCACUCGCGGACCGUGUUGAGGGCAAGUCGCCUGUCAUUGUCAGGCAGCUGCCAAGAUUCGAGUCCCAGGAUGAUUCGUCUCCAGACGUCUCGAGGCUCCGCAUUGAGGAUGAUUAG